AUGAAACUCUUUAUAUGCGUAUUGGCCCUCGCGGCAACAGCAAUGUCGGACUCGAACCUAGAUAUUUUAAAAGCUGGCAGUGACCAGUUUACAGCAAAAAUGUUCCAAGAAGUCGUCAAGGCAAAACCAAAUGAAAAUAUUGUAAUAUCAGCGUUUUCCCUGCUAUCGCCCUUAGCACAGCUGGGUUUGGCUUCAGAAGGAGAAUCUCAUGAUGAGGUCCUCAGAGCCAUUGGCUUGCCAAAUGACAAUGUGACAAAAGAAGUAUUCACAGAGGUGAACAGACAACUGCGAUCAGUUAAGGGUAUCGAGUUAAAUCUAGCAAGCAGAGUAUACGUACGACAGGGAGAAGAGCUGAACCCUCAGUUCGCAGCUGUCUCCAGAGAUGUUUUCAACUCCGACGCCAAGAACAUUGACUUUUCAAAGAACGUAGAAGCGGCAAAGGAAAUCAACACUUGGGUUGAAGAUCAGACAAACCACCGUAUCAAGGACUUGGUAGCAGCAGACUCACUGGACGCACUUACUGCCGCCGUCCUUGUAAACGCAAUGUACUUCAAGGGUAAAUGGAAGGUACCAUUCAAGCCAGAACAGACAGAAGACCGUGACUUCCAUGUAAGCAAAGACAAAAUUGUCAAAAAACCAACAAUGCACGUCGUUGAUGACUUCAAAUAUGGUGAAAGCAAGGAACUUGACGCUAAGCUCUUAGAAAUGCCGUAUUCCGGAGAUGAGUCAUCGCUUCUCAUCGUACUGCCAAAUGAAAUCGAUGGUAUCAACAACCUACUCAAGAAGCUGGAGAACCCAGAACUGUUGUCAAAAGCCAUGGAGAACAUGUACACAAAUGAAGUGAUUGUUGAUGUUCCCAAAUUCAAAAUUGAAACCACUACUGACUUAGCUGAUAUUCUUUACAAAAUGAACAUUAAAAAGUUGUUCACCCGUGGUGAAGCUAGAUUAAACUAUUUGAUCAAGGAUGCAAAAGACUUGUAUGUAAGUAAUGCUCUUCAGAAAGCAUUCAUUGAAAUGAAUGAGGAGGGCGCUGAGGCCGCCGUGGCUAACGAUUUUAGCCUUGACGUAAGGGCCGCAUUUAGAUCUACCUAUGACUUUCGGGCAGACCAUCCGUUUGUUUUUGCGAUACUGUGUAACAGUAAAGAAUUAUACAGAAACCUAAAUACAUUCACUGGAGUAUUAGUGAGAUAA